AGCGUGGCAUCUCAAAUCAUAGCCUUCCUUACUCACUCUUCUUUGUCCCUACCAAAACAACAUUUCUGGAAAUUUAGAGUGAAAAAGAAAAAUAAAAUAAAAAAUCUCUAAAUUUGCUGUAAUUUCAAGAGAGAGUAUCUCUUAAAUUUUUUUUUUCGGACAACAAAAUUCAAAGAAAAUUCCUCUUCUACCUUCCAAGAUCCCGAGAUCUGGGUAAUCAAUUAAACAAAAAGAUCACAUAAUACCUCAGAAAUUAGGGAUUUUAGAUCUAAAUUUCCCCAAUUUAUGAUUGUCGGUGAAUUCUGGAAAAAAAUUCUAGGGUUUAUAAACUUCAAUUUUGGGAAAUGAGGUCUGCGCAAUCAUCUUAUCGAGAUAGAACUCACGAGUUUCAGAGCAUUGCAGAGAGGUUAAAGAAGUCGAUUCCAUCAAAUGGGCCGAAUAAUCCGAGUAGCAGUAGCUCCGUUGAUGUUUCUCAGGUUAAUGGGCCUAGAUCCGCUGUUAUUCAAUCGGAGUUCAAUAAACGGGCCUCCAAGAUCGGGUUUGGUAUCCAUCAAACUUCCCAGAAGCUUGCCAAGCUCGCUAAGUUGGCCAAGAGGACAUCUGUCUUUGAUGACCCAACUCUUGAAAUUCAAGAGCUGACUGCAGUUAUCAAGCAAGACAUUACUGCACUUAAUUCAGCUGUAGUAGACCUGCAGCUUCUGUGCAACACCCAAAAUGAGAGUGGAAAUAUUUCUAGUGACACCACUAGUCAUUCUACCACAGUUGUAGAUAACCUUAAGAACCGUCUAAUGACAGCAACUAAGGAGUUUAAGGAGGUUCUUACAAUGCGAACUGAGAAUUUAAAGGUUCAUGAGAAUAGAAGGCAACUGUAUUCGUCAACUGCAUCAAAAGAGCCUGCAAAUCCUUUCGUCCGUCAGCGGCCAUUGGCAGCCAAAUCACCCAAUGGACCCUCUGCUCCUCCAUGGGCUAAUGCAGCUUCAACUUCAUCCGCUUUGUUUCCGAAAAAAUCAGCUGAUGGAGAAUCUCAGCCAUUGUUGCAACAACAGAAUCAACAACAGCAACAGAUGGUUCCAUUACAGGACACUUAUAUGCAGAGCAGAGCUGAAGCACUUCAGAAUGUGGAGUCUACAAUUCACGAAUUGAGUAAUAUAUUUACACAAUUGGCAACAAUGGUGUCACAACAAGGAGAGAUUGCAAUCAGGAUUGACGAGAACAUGGAGGAUACCCUUGCAAAUGUUGAAGGGGCUCAGAACCAGUUGGUCAGGUACUAUAACAGUAUAUCCUCAAACAGAUGGCUGAUGAUCAAGAUAUUCUUUGUAUUGAUAGUAUUUCUGAUGUUUUUCCUAUUUUUUGUUGCAUAAAUGUCAUUCAUAGAACCUUUUUGGCUGAGUAUAUAGGUUGAGAAAAAUUUAAAUGAACAAUAAAGAAAGGUGUUAUUGUAGAUUGGGCUUGUCCCUUAUUUUAGAUUGCUUUUAUUUCUUCCUUGUUUUUUGGUUUCUAUUUCUUGGAGCGAAGAGAACAGUGUGUGGCUAAGUUGGAAGUAUUGAAACAGGUAAUUUUUUCGGCAGAACAAUAUGUAAUAUCUCACGAAUGUUGUAAACAUUGCUAAUAGUUUUUACUAGAUGAAAGGUUCUCUGAUCUUUCUGUUUCUGCCAUUUCUCUUCA